AUGACAAUGGAGGAAGUCAGGAAUAACGAAAUCGGCGGUUUGGACCCGAAAACGAGCGAAACAACCGAUAAAUUUUACGAAAAUCCUGGGGUCGAGAAGGACAUUGAUAAUAGCGGACCAAAAAAGAUGGAAUCGGGUGAGUCAGAAAUUAAAGAUACUGGAGCUGAUUCCGAAAGUCCGAGUAUGCUUGACUCGAAAUCAUUAGAUUCGGGUGCUCCUCAAAGCUUACCACUGCCCGAAGAAGCGUCUAGUGAUGCUCACAUUAUUUCUGUCGCAGAAAAUCCUCAAAGUAUGACGCUAGAGCAAGAGAAGUCUGGGGACGAGAAGACUCAAGGUUUUUCACUAGAGGAAGAGAAGUCUAUGGACGAAAAUAAUGAAGACAUUGCAUUCGAGCAAGAGAAGUCUACUACCGAAGAUACUCAAGAUACACCACUAGAGCAAGAGAAGUCUAUGGGCGCAAAUACCCAAGAUAUUGCACUACAGCAAGAGAAGUCCAUGGACGAAAAUAUGCAAGAUUCUGCACCAGAGAAAGAGAAGUCUAUGGAUGAAAGUGCCCAAGACAUUGCAUUAGAUCAAGAGAAGUCUGUGGCCGAAAUUGCUCAAGAUGUGGCACUAGAGCAAGACAACUAUAUUGCCGAAAACACUCAAGAUAUGAUGCGAAAGCAGGAGAAGCUUAUCGAGGCGGAGCCAGCGAAGGUUCAGGAACCCCAAGAAGAUUUAUACGAUACAGAAAUUUUCAAUGAGCAAGCUCCUCAAGAAACUGAGUCCCAAGAACAAGAAAAGCAUGUGCAGCAGCUAGUUGAAACCAACGAAUCCACAGAACAGGCAGAUACGGCAGAAGUGGAUAUGACUUCAGACUCAGCGAAUCAAGAAGAUCAUUUUGAACAAAACUCGACCACAAACCCCGACGAGGGCGAUCUGCUGGAACGAACAGAGGGCCCGACUUUGUCACACACCACAGGUGACACGGAAGAAUUUUCCCAAGCCUAUGAACAGUCAGCACAAAAUACUGUCGUUAAAAAAGAAGCCCUCCCGCUGCAAACAGCAACUAUCGAAACAGUCCCAAAUGAGCCUUCCGAGUUGAGCGUUCCUCAAUCCCACGAGAUUGUGAUACCCUCAUAUGCACGUUGGUUUCAUUUACAAAAAAUUCAUUCCAUAGAAAAGCAAUCUCUACCAGAGUUUUUCACUAAUCGAAUUCCAUCAAAGACACCGCAAGUCUAUGUCAAGUACCGUAAUUUCAUGAUCAAUUCAUACCGUUUGAACCCAAACGAGUUUUUUACAAUGACUGCUGCAAGACGGAAUUUAUGCGGUGACGCUGGCGCCAUCCUAAGACUUCACAAAUUCCUCUCUAAAUGGGGUUUAAUUAAUUAUCAGGUCAAUGCAAAGACUAAGCCUACGCAAGUGGAACCGCCAUUUACCGGCGAUUAUGUCACGAAACAUGACGCGCCUCGAGGACUCUUUCCUUUCGAAAGCUAUAAGCCUGCUAUUCAGAUUCCGGAUUUAUCACGAUUGAAGAAAUUAAUGCAUCAGAUAGACACACACAACGGCGAUUAUACGGCCGAAAACUCUGUGCAAACUGCUGGGACCUUAUAUCAGGAUGAUAAAAAGCGUCAAUUGGAGGAGAGCACUGAGUCCCCCAAAAAUAAAUCGAAACUUCAACGACCCAAUGUACUUGACGCGGUUGAUAAAGAUUGGACGAAACAGGAUGUCGAGAAGUUACUCGAAGGGUUACAAAAUUUCAAGAGCGAUUGGCAAAAAGUUGCCCAUUACGUUGGUAAUAAGACUGCAGAACAGUGCAUAUUAAGAUUUUUACAGCUUCCUAUUGAGGACGCUUUCUUGCAAUCUCAAACAAGCGAUGAGCUGGGGCCAUUAAAAUAUGCGCCUCAUCUCCCUUUCUCAAAAGCCGAUAAUCCUGUAAUGUCGACCAUUGCAUUUUUGGUAGGCCUAGUCGAUCCUGAGAUUGUAAAGAAAAUGACAGACCGCGCCAUAGAUUCCGUGAAGCAGGAAAACGAAAAAUCCAUCUUAGGAAAAGAGCACUACAUCAAGGAGGGCAGUGAAAUUGCGCUAGCUUCGCUUGGCACGAGAUCACACGUUUUUGCUACGAAUGAGGAAAGACAGAUGAAUGCUUUGGCUAAUGAGAUGAUUCAAACUCAAUUAAAGAAAGUACAUUUAAAAUUAAAAUUGUUAGGAACAAUGGAAAAAUCCUUAGAAAUGGAGAAGAAAGCUUUACAGAAGCAGCAAGAAGAUGUUUUCAUACAGCGGCUCUCGAUGGCUAAAAAUACAAACUCCUUAGCUGCAAAGCUGCAACAGUGUCUCGAUGACCAUGACGAUAAAGAGAAACUGCAGGCGCACCUGAACGACUUAAAGGAUAUGCAGAGCAAACCGGCCCGCACAAGUUUGGGCAAAGGUAUGUCGUCGACACCGGGGCUUGAAGGGACGCCGCGCGAUCAAGCGCAAAAAUCUGUCGACAGCGUAAACGAUCCUUUUGUCAAGCCGGUGUCAGUAGAUGCGCCUCAGGCGUACCGCUACUGGUCUGGCUAA